UCUCUCUCUCUCUCCCGCCCACUCCUCUCUCCGCCGCCUCGCCGGCUUCUUCUCCUCAUUGCAUCGCCCUCUCCCCUUCUUUUUUCUGCAUUUUUUGUUUUAAGGAAAAGGUUACCGCUCAUUUUUGGACCAUAACGAAGUAUCACCAUGGCGAGCACUGAGGAUAAACCGGCCCCCAACAAGGAGAACGCGUCCAGCUGGAAGGACUCCUUCUACAACCCGAGGACCGGGGAGGUGCUGGGUCGCACGGCCAGCAGCUGGGCCCUCAUCCUGUUGUUCUACCUGGUUUUCUACUGUUUCCUGGCUGGCAUGUUCGCCCUGACCAUGUGGGUGCUGCUGCUCACUCUGGAUGACUAUGUGCCCAAGUACCAGGACCGUGUUCCGUUUCCAGGGUUGGUGAUUCGUCCAAAUGCUCUGGAUAUGUCGUUCAACAGAUCUGACCCCCUAAAGUAUGCAGAUUAUGUCAAGCACCUGGAUUCCUUUCUGCAAAAUUAUAACGAUUCACAGCAGGAGAGUAAUGAAGAUUGCACCCGAGGAGAGUAUUUUAUGCAGGACGACACAGAGGACAUGACAAAGAAAGCUUGCCGCUUCAAGAGGGGCUUCCUGAGUCUCUGCUCCGGCCUCUCUGACACCAGCUUUGGAUAUUCUGAGGGAAAACCCUGUGUGCUGCUGAAAAUGAACAGGAUAAUUGGCCUGAAGCCUCGUGGGGAUCCCUACAUCAACUGCACAGUAAAAAGAGAAAGCCCAAUUCAAAUGCAGUAUUUCCCCAGUGAGGGGCGCAUUGAUAAGAUGUACUUCCCCUACUACGGCAAGAAAGCCCAUGAGAGCUACGUUCAGCCCCUGGUGGCUGUGAAGCUGCUGCUCACCAAGGACGACUACAACAAGGAGCUGGCGGUGGAGUGCAGGGUGGAGGGCUCUGACCUCCGCAACAACGACGAAAGGGAUAAGUUCCUGGGUCGUGUUACCUUCAGGAUUAAGGUGGUCGAGUAAAAGAGAAGACAGCCGGUAAAAGGAAACCAGACGCAGAUGCUGCCACGUUUGCUAAGGAUUUAUGUUUAAAAUUUUACGAAAGGAAGGGAGUGUCAAAUAUGUCACAAAGACAGCAUUUUGGGAGGUGGCCCAAAGGUAGAUGUAGAUAGGAGAGCCAGUUAGAUACAGAUAUUGAUUGUUGCUUUGCUGACAUUUUUGACCCUUCUUUCCUUCACGAUCUCCUCAAAGAUCAAAGACACAGGCUCUGCUCCUGACCCCAUCCAUUCUUUCAUUCACCAGUUGCACUGUUCAUUCUUCACUCAGUUUAUUAUUAUUAUUAUUAUUUUUAAGUGUUGAUGUGAUUAGAUAACUUUUAGCCAUUGCAACCAAGCCAUUUGGAGCUGUUGUGAAAUUGCUGAUGCAACUUUUUUUUUUAUGUUUUAUAGAUCUUUCUGCUGUCAGGAAGUGAGUGUUGUUUUCAUCUCUCCAAACUGUGUGAACGACUGUAUUUUCGCUGGUGUUGAGAGGAUUUUUAUCUUGCUGUAUAGUAUAAUUGAGAAAGUAGAACAUUUCCAUCACAUCACAUCACAAAGACUUCAUAGGAACGUACCUUGAUAAUCAAGUAUAGCCACUGUAUCCCUGUAUAUGAAAUGCCAAUUACAAAAUCCCUUUCUACAUAUAAAUACAUUGUGAUCCUUAUCAUAUUUAGGGAAUUAUUGAUAGAUAUUCGUGUUGUGGUCUACGUAGCCACAACCCAGUCUUGUGCCGUCUGUCUGCAUGUCCGUCUGUCUGUCCUCCCGUCUUCCUGUUUACUCACCUCUUCACUGCAAUAGCCAACAUGUGGGUGAGCCCUCCAAGACUAGACAAGUUGUCCCGCUCCACCUCGCGGGGUGCUGCGUAGUGAUGGUGGCUGAGGCAACACACACACGCACACAAGAAGGUACAGUGUAAAAAAAAUGCUUUUAAGGUGAAAAGGAGCUGGGAAAGCGUUACAAAAAUAAAAACGUCACUGUAACUAUGUACUGUAUAUCUUUACGUGAUCUGUAUAUCUAUCUGGGUCUCAAAGAUUGUUUGUUAGUUUUCUCUCUUCUUCAGCCUGUUGAUCUGAUUGUCUGCCAAUCUAUUACUCUUCAAUGUAUAUAUUCACUACCUACCAUAUUUACUUAAUUCACACUGUAUUUUUGUCACAAAACACAAUGUCUGUGCACUGUAAAGAAAUAAUUUAAGCAAAGAUUUACAGGAAAUUAUCUUAUUCAAAGCUAUGUUUACACAGUCUUAAAAGGAACCCUCAUUUGAAAGACCAACUUGUAACAUCUCUUCAGGGUGCCUUAAGACCUGAUGAAAUAAAUU